AAGGACAUCAGACGGCAACAAGCAGGCGAGAAAAUAAGAUAUGAAAGUGGUUCGGAACGGAAUGGGAUUUUGUGGCCAGUGGUCAUUGCCACCGAACUUGGUCAAUGUCGCGAUAGGCAAGCCUUCCCAGCAAUCAUCAAAUAACUAUGGUCUAAAUAAAGGGUUUUCAAAUUUGGCUGUGGAUGGCGAUUCAGACCAGGACUGGUACCAUGGUUCAUGUACGCAUACACGAAAUGAUUUCAGAGCCUGGUGGAUGGUGGAUCUACAAGCUUCGUACUUGAUACAUUCUGUUAAAGUGUUUAAAAGCAUAAAUGCCGUACCCGCUCGUCUAAGCAACUUCAAAAUAGAAGUAAGCAGUGAUUCGGUCAACUGGAACCUAUGCUUUCAUCAAGGCGGGCCGCUGCAAAGUGACUGGGAACUCUUCUAUUGCCAGGCAUCAAUUAGAGGUCGAUAUGUCAGGGUGCAACUACAAGGCAGUAACUAUCUCACACUGUGUGAAGUUGAAGUAUAUGCACAAUAGCACAAGCGUAGAAACCUUCAAUGUUAAAACCGUAGCCAGAAUUGGUUUUUGUGUUUAUUGUAAAUCUACAGCACAUUUUUAAUUAAUUUCAUUUCUUAUAAUCAUUGAUAAAUAUAUCACCGAAUGAAAUACAAUUUCUUGUGCUUUUCUCCUGUGGCUAAACUUAUCUACAGGCGAUGUCAAAGAAAGUCUGUCACCUUCCUGUGCCAUUUUUGGUAUGUAGUCCAAGAUAUUUCGAAAUAGCCACUACGGUAUGAUCAUUUUGGUAAACAAAAAGAACAAGGAUAAAUGCAAAGUUCGGAGUAAUCUAUGAAUGCAUCACUGCAAACCAGAACAGAUUUGAAACUUUCAUGGCAGGUAGUUUUGAUUGUUUUGUUGAUAGGAGUUUCACCAUACCGUAAGGACUUGUUGACAAAAACCUAUUCGAGUGGCAUCUCUAAUAACCACAUAGUUAUAUUUGAUAUUAUGACGACAAUCAUACCUGACUUACCAGUAGAUAAAGGUAGAUAAAGGUAUUACAUAUUGAUCCAUCACGGUAUUACAUAUUGAUCCAUCAAGAUAUUACAUCUUGAUCCAUCAAGGUAUUACAUUUUGAUCCAUAAAGGUAUUACAUCUUGAUCCAUCAAGGUAUUACAUAUUGAUCCAUCAAGGUAUUACAUCUUGAUCCAUCAAAUUAUUACAUCUUGAUCACCAAGGUAUUACAUCUUGAUCUACAUUUUGAUCACAUUUAUGCGUGCGCGCGCAGUUCAUCCACUGAACGAAACGCCACUUCCCGCUGAAAUCA